CAUUGUGGUUGUACCCAAAUCAGCCCCCAACUCAAAUACAUGUAGCCCAACGUCACUGCAUGCGAGGCACAUUUCAAACAAAGGUCCAUACAUGUCUUUCAUCUCUCUGUAGUGAGUCAGAGUGUGAGUUGACACCCGAACUGAGCCAUGGGAUUAGGCUGUUCUGAGGGUUACUUCUGGGACCGCCUGGUCAGGAAGUGUCUGACCUGUCAGAUGGUCUGCCAGCAGCCCCAUCGCCACCUCAGAUGCAUCGAGUACUGUGUGUCUCUGGGGUGUAAGGCGGUCCCAGGGCAGUACUAUGACAGGCUGUUGAAGAUGUGUCUGAGGUGUGCUGCGGUGUGUGGCAGCCAUCCCUCAGAGUGUUCCCACCAGUGUCAGACCCAACAGUCUGCCUUGAAUGGAAUCUUGAGCCCUGUGGAUGGGAAUGCCUUCCAGAACCAUACCAUCAGGGGGGGCUACCUACCCAGGGGCCUGCCCUACUCAACCAUCCUGGUGUACUCUCUGCUGGGCCUGUGUCUGACUCUGCUGCUGUUGACCCUGUCUGUGGCUCUGCUGGUGCUGCUGAGGAGGCCCCCCCGACCAGGGGCCACACAGAACAGUCACACCCAGGGUCAUGAAGGUCAGAAGGGCCAAGAGCCUAACCAGAACACCCAGUCCUCCAAAGAUUGCCCGAUGGAUCCAUCCCUGCUCCAGAUAAACAGUGUGACACUGAGCCGUUCGUCCAGUCCCACAGAGACUUGUGUGUGUGUCCACUGCUUCCCCGACCUCGGAGUGCCUGGCAGGGGAGAGAAGCAGCACCUACUCACCCUCUACCAGCAGGCUGUCCCCCAGGACCUCCACUCUCCGACCAGAGCCCCUCAGUGUGGAUCAUCACAGAGAAUCAUUUGCUCCCCCAGUCAGCCCAGCUUCUGAUUACAGAACAGAACCAGACUGGACACUAAAUAAAUAAACAACUCAGGACAGAUCUGAUACCGCCCACUCCAGGGUGAAGUUUCCCCUAAGUACAGAUCUAGGAUCAACUUCUCCUCCCCAAUCCUAACCCGAACAAUUAGUUCUGUCCCAAGAUCAGAAAUGAAUAGGUGGUGAAGGAUACAGGAGAAACUGGAGUGAGACAGAAGCGAGUGACAGAACAUUAUAUACAGUGGGGAGAACAAGUAUUUGAUACACUGCCGAUUUGGCAGGUUUUCCUACUUACAAAGCAUGUAGAGGUCUGUAUUUUUUAUCAUAGGUAAAAAUUACAGACCUCUACAUGCUUUGUAAGUAGGAAAACCUGCCAAAUCGGUAGUGUAUCAAAUACUUGUUCUCCCCACUGUAUGCCUGUACAGAUGUUGGAUAUUCAUUUGAGCCAGUUUUCUUCAGCAGGAAACUAAUCCUGCAGCAACAAGAAAUGGGAAUUAUGUGGAUUAUAAUUAAUGGACAUGUUUGUAGUGGUUGAUACAUUUUUCAAUAGGGAAAAUCACAUCUGACAUUUUCAAAUGGAGAUUUUAAAAGCCUUUUAAAAACCUUGAAUACACAAGUUUGCAUUUCCUGUUGUGCAAGAAAAUUCUCAGCAACAAAAAUGAUCAAAUUAGGACACCCUCUCCAUCUCUCGGGAGACAUUACAACUACCUCUCAGUCAGAAUUAGACGUUCAUCCAUGUUUCUCAAAUGUCAAAUUACGAAGUUCAUGUUUAAGGUUAGGCAUUAACUCAGAAUAUUUAAGGUAAGGGUUACGGUUUGGGGUUGACUUAAAACAGAAAUCUCAAAAGCAUAUUUUUAUUGCUAGAUUUGAACAUGCAACCUUUGGCACCAGAGGGGGAUGCGUACGCAUUCACUGUUGCCCCUAGUGGCCGGUUUCCACGUCAUCAUCCGACGUGCUCAGACAUGGACGGACAUCAAAUACUGACCAUCACAGGUGACCUGGCUGGAAAACCUGGGCACAGUAAAUCUUCAACAAGCUAAUAAAACCCUGCAGCACACAGGCGAGUAAAGAUAUAGGUUUUUAUUUUGGGUCUCACCAUCAGUGUCCAGUUCUUGCAGCAGAUAAAGUGUUGGGGGUGUAGUCUUGACUAGACCAUAAUGAUCCUUGGCCGAUAAAGUAACUCAGUUUAUACCUUGGUUUCUUAUUUUAGCAUACAUACAUACAUACAUACAUGAUGUGAAAAAAAAAA